UAUUUUUACUCUUCCCAAACCUCGUUCGAUUCAAGCGAUUUUAUCUUAUCAGAAUGUAAUUAUCAACUAUUUUGAUGCCAAUACGAGAAGAAUAUAUUAUUACAGAUGAAAAAAUAACAUUCCAGAAAAUUGCGGAACGAUUUUUAAAAUUUUAUAACCGUUAAAAAUUAAAUGCGUGACAAAAUAUUUUGUAAAUUUUAAUUUUAAUUAUAAAAUGAGAUAAGAAAUGAAAAUAUAAUGUAUUUAGCUUUAUAAUUUCUUAUCUUAAUCAUUAAAUCAUGUAGAAUUUAAUUUUAAUAACAUAAAAUUAAAUUAUUACUUUGAUAUUUCUAACGGUAAAAAUUUCAAAAAUAUCCGCAAUUUUCUGGCAUGGAAUAAUUUUUCCGCAAUAAUCUGGAUUUGGAAUAGUUUAGUCGCGGAAAAAUAUAUUCUUCUCG